AUGGUUCCCCACAGAGGCAAACGGUUCCCACAUCCUGGUCCCCUCCCAACUGGCUUACUACUUACAGCAGGAAUGAAGGUCAUUGCCAUUCUUAUUGUCUUCAACUCCUGCUGGACGGCCCCCACCCUCGGCAGCUUCUGGCAGUUCCAGAGGAUGGUCAAGCACAUCACAGGGCGGAGCGCCUUCUUCUCCUAUUAUGGAUAUGGCUGCUACUGUGGGCUCGGGGGCAAAGGGGUCCCUGUGGAUGACACUGACAGAUGCUGCCGGGCCCAUGACUGCUGCUACCUGAAGCUGAAGGAGCUCGGCUGCCAGCCCUUGUUGAACAGCUACCAGUUCCACACCCUCAACGGAACAGUGACCUGUAGAUGCACCCUGGGUCCCGUUGGCAGCUGCCUCUGCGGGAUGAAGGCCUGCGAGUGUGACAAGCAAUCUGCGUACUGCUUCAAAGACAGCCUGCCCACCUAUGAGAAAAACUUCAAGCAGUUCUUCUCCAGCCGGCCGAAGUGCAGCGGACAUAAGCGCCAGUGCUAGGGAAGUCACUGCGCUUCGUUGCUGUUGCUCCCCUGUCUGAGAAGCCACCUCCUGGAAGCCUGAGAGGCUCCUGUUCUUGUAGCUUCUCCUUCACCAUCGCCACCCCCUUAGGUGCACCCCUCACUCCACACUUGAAACCCAGAGCUCAGAAACGGAGAGGCACACACACUCUUGGGAGGGAGACAGAACAGAAAUACCUACUAAAUAACAGGUACUUCCACACAGUAGUCAGGGCUAUGAAGCAACAGAGCAAAGCCACAGAGUACAGACAUCCCUAACCACCCUUCCAGGAAGGUUCUAGGAUGCGCAAAGCCCCUGUAUCUAUCCCAAACUCUCCCUCCACUCCCACCCCAAAGCAGGAUUUGGGGCAGAUUUGGGAACUCCACCCAUGACACAAAUCUGGUUGGGAACCGAGGAGAGAUCCUGAGAGGCUCUUGGAGUUUGGCUCUGACUUGCUCAAAAUCUGCCCUCUAAACUCACAGGUAGAGACAAAAAUUGAUGCCCAUUUCAUGUCUCCAGAGCCAGAGCACCACGAGCAGGCUAGUCCCCGACUGCCACUGCCAUGUGGGUGUCCUGGCCGAGGGUGCUGUACUCACUGGUGAAUUCAUCUCUUGAGAAGUCUGGUAGCUGACUGUGCUGUUAGGUGGUAGGGUCUGGUGGGAGCCCGGUCACAGGGUUGCUAGUGGAAUGCUGUAUCCUCGCUCCGGGCUUCUCCCUUGCCUUUCUGCUUCCUGGCUGCCAUGGUUGUUGGAUACCUCUCCUCCACUGUGCUCUUCCGUAUGCAUGGCUGCCGAUGUUGGAGCCAAAUAAACCCUAGGUCCUUUGAAGUUGUGGGUGUCAGGCAUUGCGUCUCAUCCAUGAAGAAGUGACUAAUCCACGGUCUAAUCUGGGUGGAUUCUGAGGUGUACAGCGCUCAGCUGGAACGGGAAGUGGCGAACCUGGCACAAUCGUUCCACUUGUUCUUACCUCUUAGCACUUGUCCUUUACACUACGAGGCUCAGCUUUUCCUAUCAAGGAGUACAUGCUCCUGUCCCAACUCCAGCAAAGCCAAUUCAUGGUUGGCCACAAACUCCUGAGAAAGCCAAGUGGAGACAAAGGCA